UGUGCUUGGACGAUUUGAAAUCAAAUCACCUAGUAGAUCUGAGAUCGAGAGAUUGCUCCGCACCCCACAGCACUUGUCAGACACUCCGUCUCAUCGUAAUUAUAGUGCUAGUGACCUUACUAAACAAUGGACGCUGACAUCGAGCACUUGGUCCUCUCAGGCAAGCUCUUCGGGAACGAACUCACCCCCUCCCCAACCCUUUCCUUCGCAUCCGCCUCCUCAGAUUCCUCCCCACAACAGCCCGAUGUGGCGCAACAAGAGUCCAUCGGGAUGGGCCCUGGGCGUACGGGAGUAAAAGGCGUCAUCCGCGAUCAACACGAGGCGGCUACGCUACAGGCUGAGCGGCGUGCACGAGAGAUGGAGGAAGUGCGCCGACGGAUGGAGAGGGCCAACUUGGAGGGGGAAAAGCGGAUUGAUGUACUGGGUCUUCCUAGGGCGGGGCGGUUUGGACAUCUGAGGGAGGUCGGUCGUGGGGGGUUUGUGAGCGCUGUGGAGAGGGAGGAUAGAGGUGUUUGGGUGGUUGUUCAUCUUUAUGAUCGUUGGAUCGGUGUUAUGCUCUUGAUGAAUGUACUGGCGCGACUUGCGCGGACGUACCCUGAGACGAAGUUCGUUCGUGCGCGGGCUGCUGCGCUUGGGUUUGCCUCAACCGCAGUGCCAUCUUUGUCGUCUCGGGCACGGUCUGGGAUGCCUGGGCGAUUUAUCGAUGAUGAUGAAGAUCCAUAUACUGAUGAGGCUGGUGAGAUGCAUUUUUACGACGAUGAUGACGAUGAGGGAGAACAGGAAGAGGCCGUCGACACCGACAUGCUACCAACACUACUGGUUUAUCGCGACGGUGAGCUCGUGCAUAACUGGGUACGUGUAGACUGGGAAGCAGGACAGGCGGGUGUGGAGGAUUUGCUCGCAAGACGAAACGUUAUCUCAUCAUUCAGGUCAACUGGCAACUGCGGCCUACCAGAAGAUGACGGUGAUGAUCUGAUAUGGAGUGACGAAGACGAUAAAGAACGAUGACCCGCGAAUCAAGGCUCUUAUUGUUCAAGCUCAAGUUCCGCGCCCUCCAAAACAUUGUACCUAUCUUUGUGUCUCCCAGCUUCGGUGAAUCGAUUCCCUGGUAUCAAUAUUGGGUUCAUACUAUGGCCAUUGUGACCUGAUUCUUAGGACUGUAAACUUGUUAUUGUAUUCCAUAUACCCAGUACUGCAGUUUGUUUCUCAGGACUCUACAACAGCCUCAGGACAUCGCUAUCUGAUUUUGAUGGUGUCGCACAUGGAUGUGUAUAAUUAUUUUGCCAGGACCCGAUAUGGUUGGUAUUACGAGGAUAUAGUAUGUAUAGUACUAGUUUUUUCAAUCUCUGUGCAAUCAUCUUUGAAAUUAGA